CCUCUGCGGCUGCUGCUGUGGUCGGUUGAUUUCCUGCUCAGACGCGGCUAGUUCAAGUUGCCAUAGCACAGUGAAGCUGAGGGCUGUUCUUCCGUUAACUAUCACUCACAAACCAACAAACCGACGGCUUCGGUCUUUUAUAUUUACUCCGGUGUCAUGUAUUUCCUGUGUUUCCGCUGUGUUUUGCAGUUUUUUACGGUAUUGUCACGAAGCUAAAUGAGUUGGCUAACGUUCGGUUAGCUAGCUAACGGACAGUAGUUGCCACUUGUUGCUAGCCUGGGGGAGCAUCACCCACAACAAUGCCCAGCGGCGCAGUGAUUGACUGGGAAUGGGACAGUUUGAAUGGCGGUGGUGCUCUGGUCAGAUAGCUUUCUGUCUCCACUGGUUGUUAAGGUAACAAUGACAAACCUCCCGUGUCUGCUAGCGAUGACAGAAACAUCUCGUGUAAAGAAAGUUCAGAACCAGCCCAGUUUGUGCGUUAAUCUGAUUACCAUUGCGGUUAACAGUUAGCGUUUUCACGCAGACGAGGCUAGCGCUGGUCACUAACCGUCAGUUUGCUUAGUCGGGACGUUUUUCAUCUGCCAUGUCCCAAACCAUGGAUACAUCCAGUGAGUCGGAUUCAUACGACAGGACGAGGGUGCACAGGCCGAGGGUCCGUGAAGCCCCCCACAGACCCAGCCGGGACAGGUGCAGGGAGAACGGGAGUGGAGGUGAUGGUCGAGCGGUGGACAUCUCGGAGAAGAUCAGCACAUUGGCGAGCACUUUACAGGACACCAGCAGGAACUUGAGCAAAGUAGACCAGAUGCUGGGUCAGUACAGGGAACAUACAGAUGAUCAGGCUGAAGCCAUGGCCCUGCUCAGGGAGAACCUGGAGGAGUCUAUCAGUCAACUACAGACUCAGAGGCGCGGCAGAUCCAAUGGUGCUCGGAGUGCUUCUGGUUCGGCCUCCACGUUGCACACCAGCGACCUGGACGCUUGCUCGGGAUCAGAUAGCCAGCGAUUCUACCCCACUUCUCCACUGAGGGACUAUACAAGCACUCCAGUAAGGAGAAGGAGGUCUCAGUCUGCCGGUGUUCGCUUCAAGGAAACCAGGGAGGAGGCUGCAGCAGGAGAAGAUAUUCACACUGUGCACCAAUCCCUGAGGGACCUGCGAUGUGACCAGCUGAGACUGUCUGAUGACCUGGAUAGAGAAAUCCUCAGGAGAAAUAGGUCUGAUAUUGACACCAGGCGAGCGAUGGAGAGCCUUGUAGACCACAUGACACCUUCCCAGAGACAGACCUCAGUGUCGUCUCGUGUGGAGCGGCGUCUGCAGGAGCUGGAGAGAGAGAUGAACCCAGAACAAAGCAGCGUGGGGCGCGAGAGAAGGCCCGACCAGCGGGCGGCCAUGUCUGACGAGCUGCAGGAGACUUCAGCGAGACGCCAAGUUCAAGUCCAUGACCGAGAGGAGGCCAUGACAGGCAGGCAACUGAAAGCAGAGAGGGAGAAGUCCAAGAUGGAUCAUGAACUGGAGAGAGCUAGACGACUCCUUGAGCAGUCUGAGGAUAGCAGAGAGUCCCUUGUUCAACAGGUCGAGGAUCUGCGCAGUGAGCUGCUGAGGACGAGAAAGGAGAAGACCGAGCUUGAGAGGGCACGGCUGGAGACUUUUCAGCCCAUUGCUCAGCCACAUGGCAACCACACUGACAGGGAGGAGGGAAGAGGUGGACAGCGAGUGCCAGAUCGUUCAAACCUGGAGAGAGAAGUGGCGGAGCUGCGAGCCCAGCUCAGUGCGUCCUCGGUCCUCAGCGAGGCAGGAGAACUGAAAAGGGCUCUGGACCGCAAGGAGAAGGAGAGACUCCAACUCAGUUUACAGGUGGAGGAAUUGUCAUCAGACCUGGCGCGGCGGGAGCAACAGCAGCUACGAAUGCUGGAGCAGCUCAGGGAGAUACAGACCCGAGGGCAGAUAGAGAGGAGGGAAAUGGAGGCUUUAGUCCAGGAGAGCACCAGGACCAGAGAUGAAUUGAAGACCAGGGCCCAGGAGGCUGUACGCCAGUGGAGGGCAAAGUGCAGGAGAUUGCAGAAGGAGCUGGAGGAAGCGAGAGCCCAGGCUCAAUUCCAUACCGACAAGGCCUCGCAGGCAGCAAGGGAAAAGGAGAGCUCUCAGGCCCAGCUGAAGGCGCUGAGCCAGCAGACUGAAGCAGCCCGCAGGGAGCUCGCUGAAAUCCUAGGCCGCUUGGCCCAGCGUGAAGAAGAGCUCCACCGCAAGGACGUGGAGCUGUCCGAGACCCGCCAGCGCCAGCUGUCACUGGAGCAGGAAAUCCGGGAGGUGAGGGAGGCCUCAGCUGCCCUGCAGGAAGAGACUCGGCGUCAGGCUGCCGUCCAGGCAAGACUGGAGGAAGAGAACCAGAGGCUGGAAGAGCGAGCUGACACCCAAGCUCGACAUCGUCGGAAAGACCAGGACACACAGGCUGAGCUCCAGGCCGCCCUAAAGCAGAUGACCUCAGCCCAUGCUCAGCUAGCCCAGCGGUUGGCCGAGGAGGACAGCUCGAAGAGGGAGCUCCAGAAGGGCGCCUUGGAGCUGCAGGCCAAGCUGGCGGCAGCACAGGAGGAGUGGGCUGCACUGCGGCAACAGCUGCAGCUUGAGAGAGACGUGCAUCAGAAAGAACUGCAUAACAUGAAGGCGAUGAUGGAGGACAGCAGGACGAAGAAGGAUCGUGAAGUGCAGGACAUGCUGAAGCUCUGCAGGCAGGAGCGGGAUGAAAUACAAGCACACCUGAAGGAGGUUAAGGCAGAUGCAGCGUCAGACAAGGAGCUGUGUGGGGCGCUGCACAUCAAGUUGGACAGGAUGAAGGAUGAGUGUGAUAAACUGGCAGAGCAGCUGAGCACAAAAGAUGAGGCACAUGCGCAUCUCCACAGAAAAUACCAGCUACUCAAACAGGAGCUGGAUGACAAAGUCAGGUCAGGUGAGCGGAGACGUGCCUCAGAGUCGGAGCUUGUUAAGCUGGAGGAGAAGGUGUUGCGGAUGGAAGCGGAGCAACAGGCAGUCCUUACCUCCAUGGGUGAGGAGCUAGAUGCAGCUUGUCACAGCCUGGCUAGGAACGGUGAAGAUAAACUGCAGGCGAUCUCCCAGAAACCUGGAUUAGUGAAAGACCCCCACCGCUGGCUUGCUGAGACAAAGACCAAGCUCCGCUGGCUGUGUGAGGAGGUGCGGGAGGGCAGCAUGAGAGAACGCCGUCUAAAGAAGCAGCAUCAGCAAACCCGGGAUCAACUGCAGGCACUCAGGCAGAGCCGGGACUCAGAGCAAGCGGCUCUCCUGCAGCGCCUGGACCAACAGGAGAAGCUGCUGCACUCCCUCAGCACUGAGAAGAGAGAGCUGUUGGAGAGGAGUCGUGGGAAAGAGGAAGAAAUGAGGAGCCUUCAGGACCGUGUAUUGGACCUAGAGAUGAACACACGAGUGGCCCUGAACCACUUGGAGGCAAUUCCAGAGAAACAAUGUCUGAUGGAGAACUUCAAAGAUUUGGAGGAAUCACAGCGACAGAGGGAAAUGGUAGAGCAGCGCUACACCAAAUACAAAGAGAUCGUUUGGGACCUACAGCACCAACUUGACGAGUCCAAGCGCAGAAUCCAGGAGUACAGAGACGAGAAGCUGGACGCCACUUCCAGGAGCCUGAAACUUGCUGCUCUUUCUUCCUCCAUCAAAGGCAGCAGCACGUUCCUCAGCAGCACGCUGAGAUCUGACACCCUGUCUCCUCACAAACGCCUGACCAGUUCAGACUUGGACGACUCUGCAGUCAACGGGGCCAGACCCCUGUCAGAUUAGCUCGACCUUAAGUGAACCUUUUAUCUGUAUCUCUACAAAGCCAAACACACGGUGCUUACAGCUGAUUCUACCGGCCUGGUGCUCAUCCAGAACAAAGAACUUGACCGAACCAGACGGCCCAACGCUCAACACUAAUCCUCCACGACUACCUCAGCCAGGUAAUCACUGAAGGUGCUCAGGAGCGGGCGGGGGGAAACUGUGACAUUUCACAUCAAACUCUGAGACUUUGAGAAAUAAGUUUGGACACUGUAAAGAAGGAAAUACUGUGUUUAAAGUGUUUAAAUGUUAUUUAUAAGAACCUGAGUUGAAUGUAUUUAAUUGAUUGGAAGAAGGUCAAACCAAAUAGUUCCUCUGUUACAUUUCUUGCCACUGUUGAAACGAUUUAACUGAAACAGAUGUUUUGAAUACUGUUUACCAUUUGACCGAUCUAUACUCUUAUUAUAAUGCAUUUUAUAAUAUCUGUCGUAACAUCAUUUACUAUAACUCUGCUGGUGCCUUUUGAAUAAUAUGCAGUUUUUAAUGAUACACUGUUUUCUCUUCAUCAUGAAAAUGUGACAGAUUUUUUUGUUUUUCCUUUUUUUUUUUAUGUAUUGGCCAAUUUUCUUUAUGACUUUCUGUUUUUUAUAUAUUUGUAAAAACAAACAAUAAGCACAAAGAGAUGUCAUCUAUUUUUUAUGAAAUACGAAGGAAGUGUACGCACUAUGAAUAAAUCCCCCAUGCAUCUAAA